AUGGAUGAACAAUUGAUGGCUGUUGUCGACCUUGUAAACAAAAAAAAACGUCAGCGAAGAUGGUGGAGCAAACCCCACAUUCGCCAUAAUUAUUUAACUGGUUAUGGUGGAUAUCAAUUGUUGUUUCAUCAAUUCAAACUGAAAGAUGAGGAAGCAUUCAUCAACGUUACUAGGAUGGAUGUUCAUACCUUCAACUACACCUACGAUCUGAUAAAACCAUCAUUAAUCAUAACAAGUUUUAGACCAUCUUUACCACCACAAUUACAAUUCUCAAUGACUUUGCAUUAUUUGGCUUAUGCAGUUUCCUUGAACACCUUAGCAAAUAUGUUCAACAUUGGAUACAGCACCGUGGCUGAAUGUAUACCAGAAGUUUGCUCGGUCAUUUGUUUAAAACUUGGACCAUUAUUCAUGAGAUUUCCAACCAAAAAUGAAUUUCAAGCUAUAGCAAUUGCGUUUUAUCUGGACUUGGAUAUUUCUAACUGUGUUGGAGCUUUAGAUGGACGUCACUGCCCAAUUUCUAAACCACCUAAUAGUGGGUCUUUGUUCUAUAAUUACAAAAAAUUUUUUAGUAUCGUCAAUAUGGCAAUUUGUGACUCCAAAAAAAGAUUUAUCUGGGCAAAUAUUGGGUAUUACGGAAGCAUGAAUGACGCUGGGGUCUUAGCAAAUAGCGAUUUAGGUAUUGCACUCUGUGAAAAUGAGAUUGAGUUACCUCCACCGUUAAGUUUACCAGGUACAGAGACCAGAUGUCCUCACUACUUCAUUGGUGAUGGGAUAUUUCCUCUAAAAAAUUAUCUAAUGAAGCCAUUCAUGAGAAACGAGAACUUAACUAUUCCUCAAAGGAUAUAUAACUUCAGAAUCAGUCAUGCUAGACGUAUCAUAGAGUGCGCUUUUGGACAGCUUACACAACAAUGGAAGAUUCACGAAAAAGCUCUGCAGUGGGAACUGGAAAGUACAGAAAAGAUAAUAAUGAGCACCCUGAUAUUAAACAAUUUGCUACUAGACAUGAAAUAUAAUUGUGUUGGUAACCGAUGGAACAACUGUCCCAUUGAAGUGGGAAAUAAUAUACAAGGAGGCAAUGUUUUUCAGGAAUUUGCAGUCCGCAAUUCUCUGAUGAAUUAUUUUGUAUCUCCAGCAGGGGCUGUUCAUUACCAAUGGGAAAAAAUUUAA